AUGUCCAAAAAGACGAAGAAAGUUGCACCCAAAGGUCCAGGAAUUAAAAAUGCUGCAAAUGCACCACAGGGAGGUACACCGAAUGUACUUCCUGGUGCUUAUCCACCACCUCCAGGUGCUUAUCCACCACCUCCAGGUGCUUAUCCACCACCUCCAGGUGCUUAUCCGCCACCUCUAGGUGCUUAUCCAUCACCUCCAGGUGCUUAUCCACCACCUCCCGGCGUCUACCCACCACCUCCAGUUGCCUACCCACCACCUCCCGGUGCCUACCCACCACCACCUGGUACCCAACCACCGCCACAGCAACCACGUCCUAGCACCCCCCAACCUCAUGGUGUAAAUCCUCCUGGAUUAGACCCUUACUUUUGUGUACCUUAG